UAAUUCAGGUCCACCCCAGGCAUAAUAUAACCUGCUUUUCGAAAAUGAGACCGUUGCAGCUUUUCUCAGUCCCAGUCCCGUCGCGUCCCCCAACGGCUAGUUUCCUCCAUUUCUCUCUCUCUCUCUCUCCACCGCUGUCUUCACUCUCCAUCGAACUCCUCCACUUCUGCUUCCACCAUCAUCAUCGCUUCCAUUUUCGAAGACCCACGACGAGUCAACGAUCCACCUGAAUUCGAUCAAUCGCCGCCUCUGCAACGAUCGAUUUUGGAAGUGCGCAAUCAUUCGCACGCCGAAAUUAGGGAUUUGUUCGGGGCGAUUCAGUUCGAUACGGGGCUUCGUUCGUUCCUGACUUAGGGUUCGUUCUUCCCCUAUCUUCUAGGGGCUCAUCAAACUGGCUCCGAAUCGGAAGUGUAUUUGAACUUCGUUUCGCCACUUUGAAUCGAUCGUGGGAGAGAAGAUCAAUGGCGGAAAUUGCUCCACCGAUGCAGCAGCAGCAGCAGCGGGAGACGGUCGCGGCGGCUCCUCCUCCACCGCCGCCUCCAACGCAGCGCCGUCCGCGGGUGCGGGAAGUUCGCUCCAGAUUCAUGUCUCCGGUGGUUUGUUCUUCGUCUCCUUCACCUGGCGAUCUCCACCUCCCUGGCUCCAAGUCGCCAGUCAUAAGGCACGCGCCCGACUCUCGGCAACAGCAGCAGCAGCGAUCGGUCUCUGCACAGAGGCGGCGGCGGCUUGACCUCGAGCCUUCGUCUCAUGCUGAUGAAAAUAGAUCAGAACUUACUAGGAGCUUGGACACGCCGUUGCUCGGAGCUGGACUGCAGAGUAAAGGUUCCAAAGUUCCGAGCCGAGCUUCGAGGUCCGACACUCCAAUCGUGAGCACUAGCAUGGAUAGAAUCGUGUCGUCGAGAUUUAGACAGACGCCACAGAAUCUUCCGCGAGCAGUCAGUGCUGGAGCUUCUGCAGCUACAAAAUUGUUGCAUUCGAUUGGGAUGCCAGUUACUGGUGGUCAUGCUUCUGGUUUGAAAGCAGCAGUUGACGAGAAUUCAAAUGUGGAAGCCGGUUCAGUUGUUAAUUGUCACAGUGAGAACUCUGCACAAUUAUUGUGGUCUUCGAUGCCUGACGCAGAUAUGUUGCCCUCGGUGUCCAACCGAUUGUUGGCUGAGAGAAAUGUGAAUGGGAUGGGCAAUCUUGGCGGUUCCGAUUCUUCGAAGAUCCCUGCUUCCCCACUCUCACGUAUGCUUAGUUCGCCAUUAUCAAGCUGCGACAUGUUAAAUUCUGUCAAAGCCAGCGAAAAAUCAGCACAUGGUUCAUUGAAGCAGCACAUGGCGCUGAUUAAUGCUGGAAAAGUGUGUUUACCUCCAGUUGCGCCUUGCACAAAGACAGUGAUGGAUGCAAAGAAGGGAAGGAAAGUUUCUAGCCAUCAAGAAGACGUACAUUCUCUAAAAUUGCUCAACAACCAUUAUCUCCAAUGGAGGUUUGCCAAUGCGAAAGCAGAGGCUGCUAUGCAAGCUCAGAAAAUGGAAGCUGAGAAAAUGCUGUUUUCUCUCAGUGUCAAGCUAGGUGAUUUGUACAAUUCUGUGAUGAGGAAACGUGCAGAACUUGGUACAGUGCACAGAGCAAAAGCAGUAUCAGCAAUUCUCGAAUCUCAAAUGCCAUAUCUCGACGAGUGGUCCACUUGUGAAGGUGAUUAUUUAGCAUCUUUGUCUGAAGUGACCCAAGCUUUGUCGAAUGCCUCCAUUCAACUCCCAAUCAGUGGGAAUGUCAGGGCUGAUGUUAGGGAGUUAGGGGAGGUUCUGAGUUCAUCCAUGAAGAUCACGGACACCAUUGCUUCCCAUGUCGAAAGCUUCAUGCCCAAGGCUCAACAAUUGGAAGUUCUCAUUUCUGAACUAGCCAGAGUGGUCAGUAGAGAAAGAGUUGUUAUCGAAGAAAGUGGUGAUUUGUUGUCCAAGAGAUACUUAUCCCAGGUGGAGGAGUGUAGCUUGAGAGGCCAGAUUAUUCAAUUUCACCGGUACCGUCAGUCAAUUUCAUGAAGGCUAAGGCUUAACAGCAGCAUCUGAUACAUUAGCUGCGCUGGGAUCUAUGCGCCGGGAUCAUUGCUUGCGUUUUCGCUUGGUGGUGGAAGUAGCACAGCAGAGUAGACAUUCAAUAUAUUGUGAGACACAUUCAGUUUCCUCUGCAGAAAAAGCCAGGAAAAAGAUCCAACUUUACCUUGAUUCUUUCAUUGUUUCUGCAAGCAUUGUAUAUACUUCGGCACAAUGAUGCUGAUUUUUGGCUGUAUCCUUUGUAAUGAGUUUUACAUCUUAUAAUCAUAGUUGAUUUGCUCAUGAUUAUCGGCUGUGCAGUAACUUAACCAUUCUUCAUUUGGCAAAGUAGCUGCUUGAGGAAUGGCGAGAUCAUAAGUAACUAAGCAAGAGCUGUAUAGUGUUGGCAUUGUCUGGUCUAGUUGAAACUGUAUUGACUCGUACAGUGUUCUCUUAACAAAUGAGUAUAACAAGGUUAACCUGA